UCUACCUCACCGUCCCUCCUUCACCCGUCCCACUUUCUCGAGUCAGCCAAUGGUAGCGCGAGAACGCGCACAGGAGCAGUGAUAGCCAAUAAGAGGCCUAUGUUUGACCCAAACUCGUUCUUGAGAAACGUAGGACCUACCCUCCAAUAAGGACCCUAGUAGUAGUAAAUUUAAGCCAAUCGGAGGCUUGAAGGUGGAGCUGUCCCGCCUUGAACAAAAGGGACCAAUAAGAAGUGCGGGCGGUGUGUUUGAAAGCGAGGCCAAAGGGGGUGGGAGCGCGUGCUGCUGGGAGUUGUUUGGAGGUUGGCGGCGCGGGUCUGAAGUCCCUCAGGCUGAGCGAUUAUGUCGCACAAACAAAUCUACUACUCGGACAAAUACGAUGACGAGGAGUUCGAGUACCGGCAUGUCAUGUUGCCCAAGGAUAUAGCCAAGCUGGUCCCUAAAACCCAUUUGAUGUCUGAAUCUGAAUGGAGGAAUCUUGGUGUUCAGCAGAGUCAGGGAUGGGUCCAUUAUAUGAUCCAUGAACCAGAACCUCACAUCUUGCUGUUCCGGCGGCCACUACCCAAGAAGCCAAAGAAAUGAAGCUAGCGAGCCACUUUUGUGCCUUAAGCUGUGCACAGCUGUCCUUACUGGUUAAUGUUGCCUUCUUGUUUCUCACUUUGAUAUUUAAAGGAUGUUCAAUACACUGUUUGAAUGUGCUGGUGACUGCUUUGCUUCUUGAGCAGAGCCACCACAGCCCAGCCAGAUGAGUGCUCCGUGGGCUACAAUCUCAGCUGCGUGUGACCCCGGAAGAUGGAGUAAGCAUCUGAGAAUAAGACCAUGGGGCUAAGUUACAGGGAUUGUGUAAACUUGCUGUUUCGUUUUUUUCCUGCCGGGUAUUGUAUGUAUGGUGAUUGUGGAUUUGUGUUUCGCUGUAUUGGAAACUUGCCAUUUUAUUCAAGAAACCUGUUCCAUGUUAAAACCCCUGAUUAAAGAGGAAGUUUUUAUACUCUAGUUCUCUAAUUUUAAGUCGUCCUGCCGCCCCCUCCCCGCCCCCACCCAUGAUGAGCAUCCCAUUCAAUAUCAUUGUUCUAAUUACCUGCUCUUCAGUUAGAUAAUGAAGCUCAUCUCUUUGUUGAUAAUGAGGUUUAUUUCAACAUUCAGGUUAACUGGUUUUUAAUCUACUUUGAGCAGACUUGCUGUCAAACAGCUACUGAAAUAUAUUUCACUGUAACUGCUGGUCUAGGGUAGAGGUUAUGUAGGGACAGUCUUAUCUCACUAAAACAUCAUGAACUAUUUUCUACAGUCCUGGAUGCUGCCUUUAACCUAGUCCCAGUGUUUGAAGGGUGCUUGAGGGCAGAGAGAAGAGGCUGUCCCUUUUUGGCCAAAGGGCUCAGGCAUACCUGUGUACUCACUGUGCACAAGUUUCCUGCCAUCUUGGGAGGUUCUUUGGGUGGGCCUUGGAAUGCCUAGAGAUUCUCACUGAAUUGGUCUGGGGUGUGGCCUGAAUGUAGGCAUUUCAAGCAUUCUUAAGGAAGUAGUUUAAGUCCCCGGGUGGCCGAAAAAGGUUAACGCGAAGCUGCCUGGCAGCCUGCUUUGGAGCUGUUCUACUCUGUACAUGUGGGGUCUUGGAACUGUUUUUUUUUAUAUAGGUAGUUAAUAGCAUUAAGCUUUGAGAAAAUAGUUAUGGACUGUAGCUGUUUAGGAAAACGUUUCACCGAACAUUAUCUUGCCCUGGUGGCGUAGUGAUUAAGAGCUUAGCUACAAACCAAGUUUGAAUCCACCAGCCGCUCCUUGGGAACUCUAUGGGGCAGUUCUCUGUCCUGUAGAGUUGCAAUGAGUCGGAAUUGAUGGCAUUGAGCCUCUACCUUGAAAGAUAACAGCAGCACUAAAGAUUAUUCUCCUCCUCUCUCCUUGUCUUCCAUCCAUUUAUUCCUAGAGUAGUUGAAAUAGUUCUCCCAAGUGUGGUUCCUGGACCAGGACCGUCAACAUCACCUGCAAACUUGUAAUGCAAGUUCCUGGGUUCCACCCUAGACCCACUGAAUCAGAAACUGAGGGUCAGGCCCAGCAAUCUGUUAUAACGAGCCCUUCAGGUGAUCCUGAUGCCUGCUCAAACUUGAGAACCCACUUGCAGAGGAUUGGGCCAGAGUUGAAUUUCUUUUAAUUGAACACAUACAAACACACAGCUUUUUACUUGAGAAAGGAUGGUCUGGAAACGUGGCUAUACCAUUCACUUUAGUGUUUUGUGGUUGUUGGCGGGCAUACCUUCAUCUUUCUGAGCUUGUUUUCCAUCUGUAAAAUGGGUAUGAUCAUAUCUUACAGAAUUUUUAGGAGAGUAAAAUGAGGCCUGCUGUGGUUGGGCAGCCCUGCAAACAAUGAAUUUUAGACGCUCACUACUCAAAAGGAGCCCCUGGAUGGUGCACAGUUAAGGGCUCAAUCACUGGCCAAAAGGUUGACAAUUCAAAGGCACCUCAGAAGACAGGCCUGGUUAUCUUCCAAGAGGUCAUACUCUUAAAAACCCAACGUUCUUCUCUGCAAACACUUGGGUUGCCAUGACUUAGAAUCAACCCGAUGGCAACUAAAAACAACUGCUGAAAAUGUCCACAGACCAGCAACAUCCAGCACUCCAGACCUUGUUAAAUGCAUAUCCCGGACCCACUCAAGCCUACUGAAAUCAGAAUCUUCAUGUUAAAAAGAUCCCCAGUGCGAACAUUAAAGUUUAAGAAGCACUUUUAAGCCAAUGGCAACUGAAAUUGGAGUAAACUAGGAUGAUGUGAGAAUCCAGAGUAGACACAAAAGGCACUCCCUACUCGCUGGCCUCACAUGUACCUACAAGACCUAUGAUGGGGAGAGGCGACAUUUAAACGAAGCACAUCUGGAGCCAGGUGGGGCAAGAGAAGGUUUGGCACCUAUUCUUGUCAGAGGUUUAGUAGUUUUGUCAUUAUACAAGUGACAAAGUUCCACCAAAAGCUCACCUCCAAGAUCUUCCUGUCACACAGGCAGUGCUGGUAAUCAUUCUUCGUGUCCAUAUAAUUUCUUUCUGCUAUGAUUUCUAACACCACUACGGGCCCUUGACCCCCUUAGCCUACAAUUAGUCAUAGUUAAUGAAAACAGCAUAUGCAAACAAGAAAUCUGAAUACAGAAGGGAAGUAAGAAACAAGCCUCCCUGUACCUCCCACACUACAAGUAGAACACUUCCAGCCAUAGCUCCUUUAGCGCCCCAGACCCCUUAGGUCCCGCCCCAGUAUUUCCGGGCGAGGGGGCGGCCA